AUGGCGGAGGUUGCAGACUUACAAGAACAAGUAAGACAGCUGAAAAACGAACUAACGCGUAAAAAUCAACAGCACGUUCCACAAAUACAAAUAUUACAGCAGAUUCUGCUUCCAGGCCCACUAAACAUAAAAUCAGGCGAUAUAAGCGAGAAUUGCAAGAAUUUCAAGCAACAAUGGCAAAAUUACUUAACAGCAUCAGGAAUUGAUGCUCAAAAUGAGGAAACAAAAAAAGCUAUUCUAUUAACAGCUGUAGGACAAGAUGUGUUUCAACGCUACAUCAACAUGCCAAUAUUAGAAAAAGAAAAAGCAACAGUAAACGAAUUAUUGGAUGCAAUCGAACGGAAUUCAACACCAACAGUCAACAAACGUUACAUCAGAGCGAUGUUUAACAUGGCAAAACAAGAACAACACGAAACAUACGAUGAAUACUUUAACAAAUUGCGCGGUCUCAUUAAAAAUGCACAAUAUGGUCAGCUUGAGAAUGAUUUAAUGUUAGAUAAAAUCAUAUGUUCAAUAAAAGAUCAAAAUUUACGUGAAAGACUGUGGCUAGACGAAAACAUAACGCUAAAUAAAGCUAUCGAUAUCUGCAGAUCAAAAGAAGUAACAGAAAAACAACUUCGCGGAAUUGAAUCUUUACCAUUCGAAGUCAAUAAAAUUGACAAACGCAAGAAGCAUCACGACAGUAAUACCCAAAAGAGAUUGUGUAAGUUUUGUGGAUACAAUUAUCACGAUAAAAUCGAACAAUGCAAAGCAAGAAAGGAAGUAUGCAGGAAAUGCAAUAAAAAGGGACAUUAUGCCAGAGUCUGUAUGUCUAAAAACAAAAACCAAAGUGACGACAAAAUGACACAAAGCAAAACAAGACAUGUUAAAGAAGUAACAACGAUAACAAAAAAUGAGAGAAGCCAGAGUAAUGAGCGAUCUAAAGAGUAUGUUCUGCAUACAGUAGAAGCUGAUUCAUCAACAGGUAUUUUUAUAGAUUUAAUCAUAUACAACAACAACAACAGUUGCAAAAUAACAUGUCAACUGGAUACUGGUGCGACGUGCAACAUAAUUGGGAAAAAAGAUUUAUUAGAAAUAUUUCCAGACCCUGUUAUGAGAAGCACUAAAACAACAUUAAAAACCCUUGACGGAGCGCGUAUAAUGCCAACGGGCACAGUUCAAGUAACACUAAAAAACAGAAAUAGAAAACACAAAUUAAUAUUUUAUGUGGUCGAAACUGAACACUGUCCAUUACUAUCAGCUCAAACAUGUCAAGAGAUGGAGCUUAUAAAAAUUUACAAAAGUGUAAAAGUAAAUGUUGAAAACGAAAAGGCACAGAUGAUAAUUAACAAAUACAAUGAUGUAUUUGAAGGGCUAGGUAAAAUUGAAGGAAAAAUUUUACUCGAAAUAGAUAACAAUAUGCCACCGAGAAAUGAAGCACCAAGACGUAUUCCGAUAUCGUUACGAGAACAACUAAAAGUUACACUAGACGAAAUGGAAAAACAAAACAUAAUAGUAAAAGAGUACGAACAUACAGAUUGGACAAGCAAUUUAGUAAUUGUCAAGAAAAAUAACAAACUGCGAAUAUGCAUUGAUCCAAAGCAUCUAAAUCAAGCAUUAAAGGAUGUAAAAUAUCAACUACCAACAAUAGAAGAAGUUUUAGCUGAACUUGCAGAUGCAAAAGUCUUCACAGUACUAGAUGCGAAACAUGGAUUUUGGCAACUUGAAUUAGAAAAAAAUAGCAGUAAACUCACAACGUUUUGGACUCCAUUCGGAAAAUAUAGAUUUAACCGUUUGCCGUUUGGGUUAAAACCAGCAAUGGAAAUUUUCCAAAUGAAACAAAACCAAAUUAUAGCAGGUUUGAAAGGUGUGGUAUGCAUAGCUGAUGAUAUUCUGGUUUAUGGCAAAGGAGAAAAUCAACAAGUUGCAGUUGAAGAUCACAACAAAAACUUAGAAGAACUCUUAAAACGUUUAAAACAACAAAAUUUAAAAAUCAACAAAGACAAACUUAAGGUAUGCCAACAAGAUAUUAAAUUUUAUGGACAUAUACUAACCAGUGAGGGUGUAAAACCAGACCCUAAUAAAACGAGCGCAAUUUUGAACAUACCAAGACCGGAAGAUAAAGCUGAGACUAUGAGAUUUUUGGGUCUUGUUACAUAUGUGAGUAAAUUUAUACCAAAUCUAGCAACAAUAACAGAACCGCUACGUAACAUAACACACAUGAAACAAAAAUUUAUGUGGGGAAAAGCUUUUAACAAUUUAAAACAAUUAGUAACAACAGCACCAGUUUUACAGUAUUACAACAUAAACAAACCAAUUGUAAUACAAACAGAUGCAUCAUUGUAUGCAAUAGGUUGUGCAUUAUUACAAGAAAAACAUCCAAUUAUUUAUGCAUCAAAGACAUUAACAGAAACACAAAAGAAUUACGCACAAAUUGAAAAAGAAAUGCUAGCAGUUUUAUUUGCAUGCAAAAGGCUUGAUCAAUAUAUUUGUGGUAGAUCAGAUGUAACAAUUGAGACAGACCAUCUACCUGUAAUUAAUAUUUUCAAGAAACCGCUGAUAAAAACUCCAAAACGUUUACAAGCAAUGAUUUUAACAUUACAACGGUAUAAUUUCAACAUAAAAUACAAAAAAGGAACUGAAAUGUAUAUAGCUGACACUCUAUCAAGAGCACCAAAAACAAAAAAGCUGGAAAAAGAAAUCGAAAUCUACAACAUCGAAAAAGACAUGAAAUACUUAGAUGAAAUGGAUGAAAAAGAAAAUAAACGCAUAAGCACAAAGACAUUUCAGAAAAUCAAACAAACAACGGCUAAAGACGGAGUCAUGAAAAGUCUGAUCAACAUAAUCAAAAAAGGUUGGCCAGAACAAAAACAUUAUGUACCGGAAGAAAUCAAACAAUACUGGGAUUUUAGAGAUGAAUUAAUAGUCAAUGACGAAAUAGUAUUCAAAGGAAACCGAGUCUGUAUACCGAAAGACAUAAGAAGUGACAUCUUGCAAAAAUUACAUUUACCACAUCUGGGAAUAGAAUCUACACUGAAAUUAGCUCGUGAAACAGUUUUUUGGAAAGGUAUAACAAGCGAGAUAAAACAAAUGAUACAAAAUUGUGAGGUUUGUAAACAGAAUGCCAAAAUGCAAAAACGAGAGCCAAUGAUAAUAACAGAUACUCCCACAUCACCAUUUGAAAUAAUAUCGAUGGAUGUAUUCGAGAUGAACAUUAACAAUCAGAGAAAAUAUUUUUUGAUAACUGUAGACCAUUAUUCGGAUUUUUUCGAGAUUGAUGAAUUGAAAGAUUUAUCAGCAAAAACUACAAUAUAUCUAUGUAGAAAAAACUUCAGUAGAUACGGCAUACCAGUAGUAGUUAUAACAGACAAUGGUACAAAUUUUGUUAAUACAGAAUUCAAAAAAUUCGCAGAAGAGUGGGAAUUUGAACAUCGUACUUCGAGCCCAUACCAUCAACAAGCAAAUGGUAAAAGUGAAGCAGUAGUAAAAAUAGCAAAACAGUUGAUAAAAAAAGGUAUAGAAUCGAACACUGAUUUUUAUAAAGCACUAUUAAUAUGGAGAAACGUGUCUAACAAGAUUGGAUCAAGUUCAGCAAAACAAAUGUUUUGCAGAUGGCUGAGAUGUCACAUACCAAACAACGAUACAGAACAAGAAGUGAUAAGAGAUGUGUCAAAACGUAUACAACAGCAGAAAAGAUAUACAAAGCAAUAUUAUGAUAAAGGCACGAGAAGGGAAAACAAUCUAAAGGAAGGAGAUAAUGUAUAUAUAAAAGUGAAUCCAAAUGAAAACUGGAUUCAAGGCAACUUACUGCAAAAAGAUACAAAUAGAACAUUUAUAGUAAGCAGUAAAGAUAAACAUUACAAACGAAACAGUCUACAUGUAAUGAAAAGAAACGAAUCAACAGAACACAACAUAACUGCGGCAACAGAUCCAGAACGAGAUGAAGAACUAAUGAGAUAUGAACGAAUCGAGGAACCUGUAGACAAAGAAAAACAAUAUGCAAGAUCAGAGCAAUCAAAUAGAAAGCAAGAUGAACAACAGAGGCCAAGUCAACAAGAUGAACAACAUAGACCAAGACGUCAAGCAAGAAAACCAAAACAUUUAGAAGACUACGAAACAUACUAA